CCCAUCGGAAUGUUUCUAGUCUUAAUUUAACCGCCGGCGAGUUUGGAUCAAAAAAACAGCAACUGUCGUUCAAACCCUUUCGCAUUUCGGAAAUCCGCAGCAGAACAACAACAAUACAAAAGUGCAGUCAUCAGACUACAUUCGAGAAGUUUGUGAACCGAAACAAGAGGCAGUAAAAAACCACGAAAAAUGAGCAAUAUUGGUGCCCCCCCUCAUCGUCGGGUGAAGGAAAAGAAACGUCCCAACGAGGAACAAGCCCCCGAUGUAACUAACUCGUCCGCCGAGCCAAGUCCUUCCGAAUCGUCGGAGGAUCGAUCUCAAGCAUUUGUAGAACCGGCGCGAGCCCCUGAAGCUUCACAGCAGCAGGAGCAACCGCCAGUCUUGCAAUCAGCGGUUAGGUUGAUAGAAAUCGAAACCGAGGACAAGCUGGAGUACCAGUUCCACCCGGCGACGAACGGCGUGGUCAACUUCAAGGUCCGUGCCAACAACGAUGCCCAUCUGGCGCUGACCAGCGGUCCCGCCGAGUCGGACCCCAUGCUGGAGAUCUUCAUCGGGGGCUGGAAGAACACCAAGUCGGUCAUCCGCAAGAACCGCACCAAGCCGGACGUUUGCGAGGUCGACACGCCCGACAUCCUGAACGCGGGCGAGUUCCGUGGAUUCUGGGUCAAGUGGCAGGAUGACGUGAUCACCGUUGGAAUGGAAGGAGCCGCCGCGGCAUUCCUGUCCUACGAGAACACCUCCGAGCCGUUCCCGAUCAACUACUUUGGAGUUUGCACCGGCUGGGGAGCGUCCGGCUCGUGGAUCAUCGAGCAGAACGCACCGGCUCCGUCCGCUCCGGCUGCUCUUGUGUCCAGCGGAGGUGCCGCCUGUUGGGUCCCAGCGGCCAACGGAGAAGUUCCUCCGAAUGCCGUGGUCGGAGGAGCCGACGGUGAAGACAUGUACAUUGCACGGUCCCAGCACGAGGGUGCCAUCAUUCCUGGCAAGCUGGUGGCCUCGCACGGAUGCGCUUAUGUCGCCUGGGGUGGAGUUGAGAACCCGAAGCAGGAGUACGAAGUCCUGUGCGACGGAAACGGAACGUUCGUGAGUACCAGUGGUGGUGAAAUUCCACCGAACGCCAUCCCUGCUGGAGAGUCCGAGGACGGCGAGCCGCUGUUCAUCGGACGGGUUAACCACGAGGGCACGGUGACCGUGGGCAAGGUUCAGCAGUCCCACGGCGUUUGCUACAUUCCAUACGGCGGCCAGGAGUUGGCGUUUGCCGAUUAUGAAAUCUAUGUCAGCCAGUAAGCAAAGAAGAAAAGCCAUUUUGGAGCAGCUACAUGAAGUCAGCAGAGAAUCUCUUGACCGUAUAAUGCGGAAUGCACAGCUUAGAUAUGGAGCAAAAACACAAAAUUAAGCUCGCUAAAAAGCAUGAAACCACAUGAUGCCUGCACAUUUAUAUUUAUUGUUAAUUAACGAAUGUAUUAAUUUACUAGUAGAAAUAAAAAAACACCAGCUUUUGAACCACAA